UCCCACCUGCGGGUGAGCAGCUGUUCCCAAAAGCACGGGGUACCCCCAGCUGUCUGCCCUCACCAGGGCUGCCACCCAUCAUCUCCGAGAAUAAACGCCAGCUAGUGGCUGCGUGGAUCUGAAUCAUCUGGAAGCUUCCAAAGGAGGGGAGUGACUACCCGGGACGGACAAGCAGGCUAUAUAAGUUCCCGAGGGUUGGGCUUCACACAGAUCUCUUCUUGUGGCUACUGCCUGGCAGAGUUAGCUACAGAGAGAGAACUUGCAGGGCAUCUACCAUGUCCGAGGUUGGCACCCCGGAAGCCCCCAUCAAGAAAAAGCGCCCCCCUGUGAAAGAAGAAGACCUGAAGGGGGCCCGGGGGAACCUGGCCAAGAACCAGGCGAUCAAGUCUAAGACGUACCAGGUCAUGCGGGACUGCGAGCAAGCUGGCUCAGCUGCCCCGUCUGUGUUCAGCCGCAAUCGCACAGGUACCGAGACUGUCUUUGAGAAGCCCAAAGAGGGACCUGCCAAGAGCGUCUUUGGCUGAGCAGUGCACACGGCGCCACUCCAAACAGCUGGACAUGGGAGCCUUUCCCACGAGCUUUCUUUUUUAUUUCUUUUUUAAAUGCUAGAAGAUGCCUUUUCCCUGCUGCCCCAGAACCAUCAUGACUCCCCACAAAGCCAGCCCUGCCUUGCCAGCAGCUUGCAAGCGUCCAUAGAGAGGGUGCCCGAGUGGCUCCAACCUUGGGAAGGAACUGGUCAGUGGCCAUGACUAGUAACUGCUGGGAAAGAGAGGGAGUGUGGGAUGUAACACAUCCAGUGUCCUUCCUGGGCUCUUCGGUGGGCGGGAAAUAAAGUGUGUGCUUUCAGGGCAUCUGAGACGUCCUCCAAAAAGCCUUAGACAUGGUUCAGACCUGAUGACUGUAGACCUCUCUGCUCCUUCCCUCCCUUUGUCUGUCUGUCUGUCUGUCUGCCUCUCUCUCGGUCUCCCUCUCUCCCUCCCUGUCUCCCUCUCUCUCUCUGAGACAGGGUUUCUCGGUAUAAACAGCCCCAGCUGUCCUGGAACUCACUCUGUAGACCAGGUUGACCUCCAACUCACAGAGAUCCGCCUGCCUCUGCCUCCCAGGUGCUGGGAUUAAAGGCGUGCGCCACCAACGCCCAGCGCUUCUGUUCUUUCUAACCCUCCGUUUCAGAGCUGGGGAGAUGGGCACAGUUAGGAAUUCUUGAUGUUUCUGCAGAGGACCCUGGCCCCGGUCCCAGUAUCCCCAUGGUGGCUCAUUUCACUCUGUCGCCCUCUUCUGGCCUCUGAAAUAAAAAUAAAUUUUAAAACUA